AGAAAUCUCAAGACGAUGGAUGAAGUGAAGCUGUUUGGAGCUUGGCCAAGUCCUUAUGUUUACAGGAUCAUAUGGGCUCUACAACUGAAGGGGGUAAAGUAUGAAUAUGUGGAGGAGGAUUUAGCCAACAAAAGCGAUUUGCUGAUGAAGUAUAACCCAAUUCACAAAAAGGUCCCAGUUCUGGUUCACCGGGGCAAGCCAAUCUCAGAAUCUAUUGUUAUUUUGGAGUAUAUAGAGGAAACAUGGCCUCAACCACCCCUGCUUCCACAGGACCCUUAUGACAGAGCCAUGGCUAGAUUCUGGAUCAAGUCUGCAGAAGAAAAGAGCUCCGCAUUCGUGUCAUUCUAUGUGGCUCAAGGAGAAGAGUUUGAGAAAGCAGCAAAAGAAGCCAAACAAGCAUUGAAGAUAUUAGAGGAACAAGCCAUUGGGGAGAGUAAAUAUUUUGCUGGCAAUGAGAUUGGAUUAAUAGAUCUAGUCAUAGGAUGGAUAGCUCUGUCAUUUGGAGAAAUUGAGGAAGCUGUUGGUGUUAAAGUGAUGAAUGCCCGCGAUUUCCCUCGUUUGCUUGCAUGGAUUCAGAACUUCAGAGCGCACCCAGCAAUCAAAGCAAGCCUUCCAAACCAUGAUGAAUUGCUUGCUUAUUACAAGCAAAAGAGGGAAAUCAUUCUUGCAUCCAAAACAGCAUAAGUAACAGUGAUUUGUGAUCAUAUAAUUUAUCUUGAAUGUCUUAUGAUGUGCACAUACUACUUUUUCUAGCUAGAAACACAUUACACAUGUGUGAUUCUCUCUAUGUGUGGUCAGUAGUAAUAAAAGAAGCAGCUAUGUAUAACAUGAAUAAGAAAACUACAAUUACAUGUUAACCAAUUUUAUGCAGUCAGAGGAAUCAAAGUUUAGCAAUUAUCUGGUAA